UUCUUAUUCAUCCAGGUGGUGUUGCCAUUGAUGGAGAAGGUGUUUCUGGCUCACCGGUCAUUCAUCCUGAUGUCACCGACCGCCACUUCCACAGUUGGCAGAAGGAGAUGGUCGCAAGGAGUAGAAAAAGAAGCGCGAUGGCAAGCGGGACAAGGACAAGGAGCUGGCGGCCAGCCUGGGGGUAGCCUGCCUCAGGCGCCUCCUGCACGUAGGGCUCAACCUGUUCGCCGGCUGGGAGCAGGAGCUCGUCCAGCACGCCAAGGAGAAGUUCCUCUCAGGCUCUGGUGAACAACCGAAUCUUCUUCCAACAUCCAGACCUCAUUCGUGUGCUGCGUGUAAAUGAAAAUGUCAUGCACGUCAUGAACAACACUCUAGGAAAGCGGGCGCAGACGCAGCCCUCAGGCCAGGCUCCUGCAGCUGCGUCUUCGCCGGCCUCACCAUCUGCACCCGAAGCAACACCAGCCGACAAGGACACAUCUGACGAGAUGGUGGUGUCUUGCUGCCGUUUUCUGUGUUACUUCUGCCGCACAAGUCGUCAGAACCUAUCCUUGGUAGGCCAAGAAGGGUAUGCAGCUGGAGGAGCCUUGCGAAGACGACAUCGACAUGGGUGCGGUCAUCCGCAACUUUUACUGCUCCCUUGUGGACCUGAUCGGUCGGUGCGCCCCGAGGCAGCCACGAUCGCCCAGGGAAAGAAUGAGAGCAUCAGGGCACGUGCCAUCCUGCGCUCCCUCGAGCCCCUGGAUGACCUACUAGGGGUACUCCGUCUCCAUUUCACGCUUCAGAUACCCCGCAAGGGCGACACCACACCAAAGGCUGAUCUGCCUGCUGGACUGCAGCCCAACCACAAGCAGUCCAUCGUGAUGUUCCUGGAGCGAGUCUAUGGACUGGAGACACAGGAGACUUUCUUCCGCCUUCUUGAGGAUGGCUUUUUGCCUGACGUCAGAGCAGCCGCCAUGCUUGACAGGAUGGGCAACACGGAGAGCGACAUGGCGCUGGCCCUGAACCGCUACAUUGGCAACUCGGUGCUGCCCAUGCUCAUCCAGUACCACCGCUAUUUCACCAACGCAGGGAACUAUGCCAGUUUGCUGGAUGCAACAUUCCACACUGUGUACCGACUCUCCAAGGUCAAGAUUCUCACCGAGGGCCAGUGUGAUAAGUUCUCCGACUUCCUCGUCGCGCUUACCAGGGAAAAGCAGCCAAGCAUGCUUCUGCGCCUUUUGCGGAAACUCACGGUGGAUGUCUCAGUCAUCACGGAGUACACUGCUGUCGCCCUCACGGAGUAUAACCCAGAGCUGUUCAGCAAGGCACUGCCAUGUCUGACAGCCAUAGCUUGUUCACUGCCGCCGGACUACUCUCUGACCGAGGACCACGAGGAGGGCUGGUCCAAGCAGAACACAGCAUCCGGUCCCUAUGUGCCUGAACCCGUGAACUCUGCGGACGGUGUGUAUUCUAUGUGUGGCUGA